GUCAAAAAUCUAAAAUUCUUUCAGUUUUGAUAGUCUUUUUCAGCAUUUCUUUAAGAUUUUCUGUAUAACCCCCACUGAUUCCCUUUAAUCUAUCGUUUUGCAUCUCAGUGAUAAUCAGUGUAAAACCCAUUCAUAAUUGAGGCCAAAAGAUCGAUAUAAAGCCGAAGAAGUUCAAGAGAAAAUCCCUCAUUUGCUGACACUAUUUUCUGACAAAAACUUUAAGCUUAGAUUGUCAAGCCAUAUUUCCAGUAUGGAGAGUCUUUCUGAGGUUCCAAGUUCUCCUGAUGCAAGCCUUCUUCUAACUAAACGUCGCUGUCCAUUUGGGGAAUCACCAAGAGAGAUGAAAGUUCCAGCAUCUGACCUUGAGCAUAGAAUACCUGGUCAUGAUAACCAAGGUGUGCAUGCACGUGGGGCACUAGACUACCAUGAUUCUGGUUAUACCGCAUUUCAAAUAUUGAUGCAGCAUAGUCAACAGUCCCAACCAGGGACAGCUACGCCAAGCUACACAUCUUGCUGGGUGUGUGCUAAACAGUCAGAGAUAAUGCCUUGCACAUUUUGUGAACAUGGAGUAUGUGAAAUGUGUGUGCGUCAAUGUGACAAGUGCUUCGGAGUGUUCUGCUCAUUCUGCGCUACUGUCAAAUAUGAUCAGCAUGAAGAUCGUGCUUUAUGUUUGACUUGCAAUGCCGAAGAGAUCAAGAAGAAUAAGAUGAGAGUUGCAUCAAAUGUUGGACAAAGAAGAGCAGAACUCUCAAGUGAAAGAUUUCCACAAGCCACUGCAUAGAAUAGUAAAGUGAACCAGCUUUUAACACUGUCACCAGAACACUUUAUUAGCAAGUAGGUCUUCAAAUGACGUUUGGUCAUGAAUCAAACAAAGCCCAACCAGAUAGAAAUUGUAGUUUCAGAAACUAUCCAUGCCCCACCCAUGGAGGAAAUUGGAAAUGCUGGAGGGGAGGGGGGUCAGAGAAAGAACAAAAUUACAGAGUUUGCAUGGAAGAAAAUUGGAAGUUCCUGGGGGUAGGGGGGGAUCUUCUACAAAUUCCCUCUGUGGUAGGGGUAUGGAUAUUUUCUGUAACUAUGCAAUUGAAAAUUGCGAGUUGCAAAUGAAUGCCUUGCCAGUCAUUUUGAUCAUAACUUUGAUCCAGAAACAAGGUAUGACUGCCUGGAACUAGUUUGGGCAGUAGUCAUGACUGUUGACUGACCGGCCGUUACUUUACCGGCAUUUGCAUUGYUACGUGGCCACCCCAGAAAAAAAUCGUGACGUGCACUUUGCAAUAGGCUGCCGUCAAUCAAAUACGUUGACACCAUUUACACGUGUGUGUGAUUCAAAAGGCGCCAAAACUUCGGUCRAUUGUUUACAAGUAUCAUGAGCUACACUCACCAGGCCUAUCCGGGCCGAUCCAAACGCAUAUAAAUGAUGUCAACUUGUUUGAUUGAUGGCAGUCUAUUGCAAAGUGCACAUCGUGAUUUUUGUCUGGGGUGGCUGCGUAGCAAUGCAAAUGCAGGUAAGUCCUAAUUAAUCACCUUCAUUUCAAAAAAAGUAAAAAGAAAAAAAAGAAAAAGAAAAAGAUACCAUUGGACCUAGUCUGAGUUGGUAUUAAGAAAUCCUAUUUAUUUGCAUUUAUCUUUUAAUACUUGUAAAUCUUUCAGUUAGGUUUGUGAAUAUGUAGCUCUUUCCAAUGUUGUUUUUCAAGAUAUUUAUGAUCAUUUUUGAUGGGCUUUCUGUGGAAGUGGAGUUAGAGUAAGAGAAUUUAGGUUGUAGUGGAGGCUAGUGUGUGUAUAUAUAAAAAUGUGUGUGUGUGUGUGUAUUUUUCAAAGAAGGAAAAAAAAAAAAAACGUGAAAUUUAAAGUUAGUAAGAUUUUUCGUAUAUUGAAAGGUUUCUAUUGAAAGAUUAAAGACUGAUUUGAAAAACAUAUUAAUUUAUUGCCAAUGGUAAGAAAAUACUUUUUGUAUCUGCUAAAGUGCAAAAAGUCUACUUAUUAGACUAAGUUAGCAUGCUAGAAAAAACACAAAAAAUUGCAAAAUUGUAGAUUGAUAAAUGAUUAAAACUAUGCAAUAGGUU